AUGGGUGCCCACAAGUAUCUCGAGGAGCUUCAAAAGAAGAAGCAGAGCGAUGUGAUGCGCUUCCUGCUCCGCGUGCGCUGCUGGGAGCUCCGCCAACUCAACGUCAUCCACCGCGCCUCCCGCCCAUCUCGCCCCGACAAGGCCCGCCGCCUGGGAUACAAGACCAAGCAGGGAUAUGUCAUCUACCGCGUGCGUGUGCGCCGUGGUGGCAGGAAGAAGCCGGUGCCCAAGGGUGCCACAUACGGCAAGCCGACCAACCAGGGUGUGAACCAGCUCAAGUACCAGCGCUCCCUCAAGGCCACCGCGGAGGAGCGUGUCGGCCGCCGCUGCGCCAACUUGCGUGUGCUCAACAGCUAUUGGAUCAACCAGGACAGCACGUACAAGUACUACGAAGUCAUCCUCGUCGACCCACAGCACAAGGCCAUUCGCCGCGACCCGCGCAUCAACUGGAUCGUCAACCCAGUCCACAAGCACCGCGAGAUGCGUGGCCUGACUGCGACUGGCAAGAAGAGCAGAGGUCUCAACAAGGGCCACCGCUACAACAACACCCGCAAGGGCAGGAGGCACACGUGGAAGCUGCACAACACGCUCUCGCUGUGGCGAUACAGGUAG